AUGUCACGAAACUCCUCCGCUCGACUCUCUGCCAUCUCAAAACAUCUGGAGACGAAGGAAUCCGAUAUGACUAAGACUCAAGCUCCACAGCAAUUGCCCUGGGAUCCUAAUUCUACUCACUUCCCCUCGCAUAAUGAGCUUCCCACUUUGCCAGAUGCCCCCGAGGGUGCGGCUUGGGUCUGGGGCAAGGAUGAUCAGCUUGGACGGUUGAACCUCCUGACGCCCCAGCGAGUCAAGGCCUCGGCUGGCGAGAUCAAUACUGGGGACAUGGUCCGACUGGACCUCCCUUUGAAUGUGCCCGCCACACCUGCAUUUGGCCGUGAAGUCUUCCAGCAUAAUAUCAAGCCCAUCAUCCCAGACAUGGGAUACGAUGAUACCUACACCAUGAACACGCAGAGCAGCACGCAGUGGGAUGGUUUCCGCCACUUCUGCCACGUCCCCACCAAGUCUUUCUACAACGGAGCCAAGAGCACCGACUUUGUGGGCGAAAAUGCCAAUCUUCGCUGCAGCAUUCACCACUGGGCAGACCACGGCAUUGCCGGCCGAGGCGUGUUGCUAGAUUACUACCACUUCGCCCUCGCCAACAAUAAGCCAUACAACCCAUACACAGCCCACGCCAUCUCCUUUGCCGACCUACAAGCCUGCGGCACGGCUCAAGGCCUCGACAUCCGACCCAAGUCUCAGGGAGGCGACAUUCGCCCCGGUGAUAUUCUCCUCGUCCGCUCCGGGUUCGUGCAGGAGUACUACAAGCUCACACCCAACGAGCGACACGCAGCCGCCACGCGCCAGGACCUUGAAUUCGCAGGCCUUUCCCGCGAAAAACCCGUUCGUGACUGGCUGCACGACUGCUAUUUUGCCGCAGCGGUUGGUGACUCGCCUACCUUCGAAGUGUGGCCUCCGCCAGGCUUUGGGGCGGACCAUGUUAGUUUGCACCAGAGUAUGCUGUCGCUUUGGGGCUGCCCGAUUGGGGAGAUGUGGGAUUUGGAGAAGUUGGCUGCUAAGUGUCGGGAGAUUGGGAAGUGGACUUUCUUUAUGACGAGUGCGCCUGCGAAUAUGCCUGGUGGUGUUGGUUCGCAUGCCAAUGCAACUGCUAUUCUGUAG